AUGAAUCCACCAAAUAGUAACCUCCGUGCCUUCAAUCUAGCCGUGCAAACCUUACUCAGAAACCCCGCUCAAUUUCUCCCUCAUCUCACCAUCCCGACAUUUACUCACAUCCCGGAACAACUAGGGCCGAGUCUCUACAGCAGCAAUCAACAAGGUGGAAAGAAUAACGAUUCAACAUCUAACUCAACCUCCCCGAUAAUCCGUGCCCUCGUCCUCGACAAAGAUAACACCCUCUGCGCGCCCAAAACCACCAUCUUCCCGCCGCAGAUCCUGGAGAAACUGCACGCGCUGCGCACGUCGCAAACCUCGCUGUUCAAUCGGGAGCAGUAUCCGGAUUCUAUACUGAUCGUGUCGAACCGGGCAGGUUCGCAUGUGCGCUAUGAUACUGAGGUGGAGGAGCUAGAGAAACAACUGUCGGGGUUGCGGAUUCCGGUGUUUCGGUUGCCCGACGGCAGUGAGAAGAAACCGUUUUGUGGCGCGGAAGUGUUGCAAUGGUUCCGUGAGAGAGGGGUGGUGACGCGUGCGGAUGAGAUUGCGGUCGUGGGCGACAGACUGGGUACGGAUGUGCUGAUGGCGGCGAGGAUGGGGUCGUGGAGCGUUUGGUGUCGGGAUGGGAUCGCUGAAGGGGUUGAUCCGAGGAAAGGAAGACCGGAUAUGAAUGUCCUCGAGAAGAUGGAGGUGUGGGUGGAACAAUAUCUACGGGAAUCGAAGGGACUUAAAGCUCCAGCACCACCGGGCUGGAGGCAUUGA